AUGGACGGCUUACAUUCAACCCGGGUUUCGUCCAACCGCAGGCCGUCUGUGGGCCGAGUUUCACCCGAUGAAAGUGUCGGGAAAGCUCCGUCUCAGGUGGCCGUGAAAAAACAAGCCGUGAAGAGACACCACCACAAGCACAACCUGAGGCACAGGUACGAGUUUCUGGAGACCCUCGGGAAAGGAACAUAUGGCAAAGUCAAGAAAGCCAGGGAAAGAUCCGGUAGACUGGUUGCCAUAAAGUCGAUCAGAAAGGAGAAGAUCAAGGAUGAGCAAGACCUGGUUCAUAUACGCAGAGAAAUUGAGAUCAUGUCCACACUCUGCCACCCACAAAUCAUCACCAUAUAUGAAGUAUUCGAAAACAAGGACAAAAUUGUGAUUGUGAUGGAGUACGCCAGCCGAGGGGAUCUGUAUGACUACAUCUGUGACAAGAGGAACAUCUCUGAGCGCGAGGCCAGGCACUUCUUCAGGCAAAUUGUAUCAGCUGUGCACUACUGCCAUCAGAAUGGGAUAGUACACCGGGACCUGAAACUGGAGAAUAUUUUACUAGAUGGCAACGGCAACGUGAAGAUCGCAGACUUCGGCCUGUCGAACCUCUACCACGGUGAUGAGUAUCUUCAAACCUUUUGCGGCAGCCCUCUGUAUGCUUCCCCGGAGAUUGUCAAUGGACGGCCGUACCGUGGGCCAGAGGUGGACACUUGGUCUCUUGGUGUGCUGUUAUACACUAUGGUUCACGGCACAAUGCCGUUCGAUGGACACAACCACAAGACACUGGUCCAACAGAUAAGCACUGGAAACUACCGUAAACCCAACAACCCUUCUGAUGCAUGUGGGCUUAUCCGCUGGAUGCUAAUGGUAAAUCCUGAGCGCAGAGCCACAAUAGAGGAGAUUGCAGGACACUGGUGGCUCAACUGGGGCUACCAGCAGUCAUUACUGGAUGAGACAAAAAGCAGUCCAGCAGAGCAGAGCGCUUCACCGGCCUCGCCAUCAACGUCACACCCUGCUGGGCUGGCUAGCGUUGCUAGUUGGCUGCGCCGCACAUCCAGGCCUCUACUGGAGAACGGCUCCAAGAUGCGCUGUCUGCUCCGCUCACAGGGUGGUGGAGGAGAUGUGGUCCGGCAGCGCUCUCUGCGAAGGUCCCGAAAGGAAAACAAUGUCUCCCAGACCGUUCACGAGGCGAGCUCAGAGAGUCGCCCAUCUAAGGGUAUUUUAAAGAGACGCAACAGCGUGAAGCAGAAGGCAACGAGCGAGACCUCUGCUGCAGGUUCAGCGGACUCACAGAACAUUUUGGGUUUGUCUGCACCAGCCAAUGCCCCUUCAGCUGCCCUGCUGCCUCGCAAAGGUAUCCUAAAGAAGCCCACAGAACAAGAGUCAGGGUACUACUCGUCCUCUCCUGAGAACAGUGACUCUGGCUGGGCACCACAAACUAAAGAGUGCCCUUCAGCACCAACCUACAGGAAAGGCAUCUUGAAGCGCAAUGGAAAGUUCUCCUCAGGCGGUCUGCAGGAGUUUGGCUCUCUGGACCAGCUGGCAGCCUCUUUACCCCGCGGAGGCACCAGGUCGAGACCAAGCGGGGCCAUCAGCGAGGACAGCAUUCUGUCUUCGGAGUCCUUCGACCAGCUGGAUCUGCCCGACCGAGUAGGACCUCCAACACACAUGGAUAAACCAGCCAGGGCCAGCAUGAGAGGAUGCGUGUCUGCCGACAACCUUUUGGACAUCCAAGAAGACGGGAUUCUUGGGGACGGGUCGCUGAGGCCCUGGAACUGCUACAAGUCUGGAGUGGCUGACAGUGCCUUUUCCAUCACAGACUGUGAUAACGUGACUGAGGCUUACAAACAGGCCAUGGUCAUACGAGGCUCUGCAGCAAGCUGAAGGCCGAUAAUUACAUACACUGACUAAAGAAUCGUUUUUCAUUCAGAAUUCUUAAAUGACUGUAAACUACUGAAGACAUGAUAGCCAAAGUGCAUUGUGUGAAAUUACCAGCACACCGUAGUGAUGAUCAUUUUGGCUAACUUGAAUUGCACAGCACCAAAAAGGGAGCAGGCUUCUUGUUAAACAUCUGAUUGUAUUUUAGAUGGUGAUUGAUCAGUGAUACUGAAAUGAGUUUAUGAAUAGCUUGAGGUUUAAAAAAAAUAACCAGAUGGCACAGUAUUUUACAAAAAUAAUGAUUGAACAGUGUUGCAGUUGAAAAUGUCCAUUUCAAAGAUUCUCAGGAGGAAGAAGAGAGCUGCUGUCGGUCAAUCAGGAGCUCCAAUUUUCAACAGGAGAGCUUCCUGUCAAAAGUGUAGUUAACGUAAAAAGUCAUCCUGAAACCAAAACGCUGGUCUUCAAUGUCAAGAAGAAACUGUUUUUGCUCAGUGACAAUAAACUAGGAAACAUUUUACAGUCACAGUAGGACUAUUGUUUGAAUAUUGCAUAAGCCACAAAGUCAGUGUGUUUUAUUGUCGACGGGACAGUUGGAGAAAGUGUUUAUGGCUUAAUGGCUCUUUAGGAUUCUAGCUCUGUGAUAGUGGAUCAUCUGUCUACCAUGUGUUUAUCUAGGAGAACAGCAGUAGGUCACAGGUUCAGUGUUAGCAUGGGUUCACUGUUUAACUAUAUAACUACAGCUUUUACUCUCUUUUUUUUAGCAUGUUGGGAAAAUGACACUUUAUGGUUACCAAAGAACAAAUGUGCUAAUGUUGUUUGGAUUUUUUGGGGGGUUUAUCUUUACUUAAAGCACGAGAAAAAAGUGCCAAGAAGACGUGUUUGUAGCGGGGAUUUCAGCUCUAAAAGAGGGUUUUUGUUUGUUGUUUUUUCUUGUUCUAAUUUUGGAUAAUUACUUGAAUCAUAAUCAUGACUCACAUCAAGCAAAAACCAGUAGAACCUGCUUUUGCUUCCAAGCAAACAGUGAUACCAAUCACUCUGUGUAUGCAAGUGGCAGUUUCACACGAAGGUGCAGCUCAUUAAGUCAUACUUUUUUUUGAGAGUCACAAGUUGAAAUUUGAAGAACAGUAUUGUGUGUGUUUUGAACCAUGAGCCACAGCCUAACUGUUCUAUGCUGUUGUAUAAUGUGGCGCACACUUAAUGUGUAACCUUUCAACUGAAUUUUCAAGAUCAGUCAUGGAGCUCAGGUGUAUUGAACUUUGCAUUUUAAUUCAAAAUAUCCAGACACCUGGGGUGGUACAGUAUUUCAUAAAGCUGGAUUAGACGUUUAGUCAUCCUAACUGUUAAAAAUGUUGCAUCGUGGAGACUCAAACUGUUAAAAAGAACUUAUAGACUUAUAUAUAUGAAUUAUGCUAUUAUGCUUAUAAGUCUGGCAAGAUAUUCCAUCACUUUUUGUAGUUAUCCGAUUCCUUUUCUUCCUAAUCCUGCUUUAUGAAAUACCUCCUGGUGAAAGAGAAAGGUACAUCAGUAUGUUGAGUUCUAUAUGAAAUUUCGUGCUGCACUCGAGUUACUUAAUUGGAUUGGCAUGCUUGGCAUUAAAUUCGAACAUCAAGCCGGUGCCUGUAAUAACACCUGAUAACCAUACAAUUUAUUUAUCGGCUGUUAUGUAAGUAUUGAGGUUCUUGUAACAAACAAGGCAGUUGCACCAGGAAGCUGCAAAACCAUGUUGUUCAGAAACUGGAAUGUAAAAAAACUGUAUUUUAGUUGGGCACACUUUGUGGAGAAAUCUCAUUUCAACUGGAAGUUCUUGUCAUUUCUAAUGUGUCAUAAACUCAUCAUUUAUUAUUGAAGUGCGACAUAGAGGGAAAAAUGCAAUGACAAGUCUAAAAUGGUAUCCGUUUCAUUUUUUUAAUGUGCAUUUGGGCAUUUCAUCACUGUUUCCUCUCUCCCUUGUCCCAGAAGACAAGGAGGGUCUAUUAAUAUCUUUUUUCUUUUAACCACAACAAAAAACAUGUUUUCCAAAGUUACUGGCUUGUCAUUUAUAUGACUGUGUGGGAUGAGGAAAUCAAUAAAAAAAAAACUACAAAGAA